UAUAAUUCAUAUAAAGCGCUUUUUCUUUACUGAGUCCCCUGUCUUCCGAAGAGCGACUGAGGUUUGAGUCGGAAUUCCCUUCAGAGGUGAAUUUCCUCAGAGGAACACCCUCCCCUCCUUUCAAGGAUAUGACAAGAACUCCAGCCAGUGGCACUUGCCUAUUGUUCUACGAACCGCAAAGUUUUUAUUUGCUGGACACUGAGCUUGUUUGAGAAGAAUCAUAUCCCAGCAACCGGGUUCUUGUCAAUGCAAAAUGACUCAGUUGAAGCAAGAAAGUUGAGACGUUUGACAACUUGGCAGGAAGGAUUGGCCACCACCUUCUCUGCCCUUUUGAGAUGGGGUUACAAAAGUGUGGCGGCUGCCUCAGUUGCCUGUUAAUCCCCCUAGCACUUUGGAGCAUUGUUAUAAAUAUCCUGCUCUAUUUUCCUGAUGGGAAAGCUCUGUAUGCUUCCAGCAACAAUCUCACCAACUAUGUGUGGUAUUUUGAAGGAAUCUGUUUCUCUGGUAUUAUGGUAAGUGUGGUUUCUGCUUUCUUUUUCCAUUGCUUCUCUAGGGAUCCCUGCAACAAGGUGCUAAUCUGCUGUGUGAUCUUGCAAUGUCAGAAGGAGUAGGUGGGGGGAGGGAAGAAAAGAGAAGUGGCUUUAUUUUAGAGACAGGAAAUAUAAUUGGGAGCCUGAAAUCAAGGGCGACAGCCACCCAAAAGAAAGUGCUUUUUAAUAUAGGCUUGUUUGCCAACAACAUACAAAAGCAUUUACUACAGAGGAGGGAUGGGUGGGGUGGGGAAUUCAUUUCACAUUUAAAGCCGAAUUGAUCAAAUCUGCAUUUUCUAGAACAAUAUGAGAACCAAAACAGAGCCGCCUUCCAAAAUUCUCACUUAUUUGAAUUUUGUGUUACAUUUGUAAACCAAUAUUUUUACAAAUAUAUUAGGGGAAAGUGUGCAUAUGUCAGUGAACAUAACUUACAAAAUGCAUUAUAUCAGGGGAAAUUGCUUGCAAAAAAAGGGUAUGUUAUUCAAAGUUACAUAUAAUUUUUUAUUGGUCUUUAAACAAAUUCAAAUACAAGAGACACUUCUCCAGCAGUACAUCUAAUGUUGUUUGUUCUAGCUAUUGACUUUAAACAUAAACUUACACAUUCAGUGUUCAAGCAUAUUACUUAAUGUAUUCCCUCCACUGAGAAUACUAAGCAGUUUGGUAUAACAAAAUCUUGAUUUGGUCCAUUAACAUAGUUAAAGAAAGGGGUCCACGUUUCUUGGAAGGUGUCUCUAUUCGUUAUGCCUUUAUUUGCCCUCUGUGUCUGCUGAGAUGCUCAGAAAUUGCUGUAUCCCAUAUGUUCAGGGCAAAAAUAUAUUUAUUAGGAAUAAGUCACAUUAAAAUGCUGAUCAUUUUUAUAAGGAGCUAAAAAAACAAUAAAGCAAAAACCACCACCACCCUGCAAAUGGUGGCAGAAAUGUGGAGAAUUGAACUUUAAACUGGAAGGCUGAAUAAACCAAAAUUGGCAAAGCCUUCCAUCCUACUCUAGAGUAAUCUAGGCUGUGAUCUCAAUAUGUAUGACAUGGGCUUGUAUUAAUGAGAACUGGCAGAUGAUAUGACUAUGGUAGCCAGUGUUUGUUGGACUGAAUACCAAACAAAAUGCUUCCUUUAUUCAUUUAUGUAUUUCAAAGUGUUUAUACCAUUGAAUUCAAAAUCAGAGCAGCUCAGUGUAGAGUUACAUAAGGCAACCGUGUUUAUUGGAAAACACGCCCCUUUGAAAUUAGCAGGACUGCAUUAUAAGUAAGUAAGAUCAGGAGUUAGGUUGUUAAAUUAAGUCAAAUGGAUUUCAAUGGGACUUCAUGGUGACUAUCCUUUGUAUUCCCCUCAAUAUAGAGGAGGUAAAAGGUAAAAGGACCCCUGACCAUUAGGUCCAGUCGUGGCCGACUCUGGGGUCGCGGCGCUCAUCUCGCUUUAUUGGCCAAGGGAGCCGGCGUACAGCUUCCGGGUAAUGUGGCCAGCAUGACUAAGCCGCUUCUGGCGAACCAGAGCAGCGCACGGAAAUGCCGUUUACCUUCCUGCCGGAGCAGUACCUAUUUAUCUACUUGCACUUUGAGGUGCUUUCGAACUGCUAGGUUGGCAGGAGCAGGGACCGAGCAACAGGAGCUCACCCCGUCACGGGAUUCAAACCGCUGACCUUCUGAUCGGCCACUCCUAGGCUCUGUGGUUUAACCCACAGUGCCACCCGCGUCCCUCUUUAUAGAGUCUAUAAGAACAUGAUAUUAUUGGAUACCGUAUCCUCUGUGACUUCCACUCCUGCCUUUCCAGAUGCUUAUGCUGGCAGCACUUUUAAUAUUCCUGGACCGAGACACCUUCCAAAAAUGCUGCCCAAGUGAAAGCUGCACCAGGACCUACAGGGUGCGUAUCUUGUUUCCACGCAUGGCAUUUGUGCCGACAACCUCCUUUGACCCUUUCUGCUCCCAUCUCCUUCCUUACUCUGUACAGGAGAGGAAAAGAAAGAGGCUACCUCUGAUCUCCACGGCUCCUCCUGGGGUGAAAAACAACAACAGGAAGAAGUGCUCCCACUGCUCUCAAAUUGACGGAAACCUUUUCUGUUUUUGUUUUUGUAUGAGAUACUCUGGGGUUCCUGCCAAUUUCUUCCUGCCUCAAACGCUCAUCACUGUGGGGUGAAUCACAGGUUGCUUCCAGACAACCUGUUUUAUUGAGCAUUCAUCCUGACUUGUUUGCACAAAGCUUGCUGGGAGAUUAGAUGGCAUUGGCUAUUUAUUGAGCAUUCUUUCUGAUCUGUGAGGCUGUGGGGAGGGCAGCCAUGCACCCUUCGAUCCCACCCCAGCAAUUGCCCUGGCAGCUGUCUCCCCCCCCCAUGCUACACUCCUGCUCCCCCCCCCUCUAAAACAAGCACCCAUAUUGAGAAUGUUGACAGCAAAUCCAACUGACAAGUGUUGCAAACAAAAUCUGCCCUUAUUCCCUUAUGGGGUACACAAGAGCCCUUUAUAGGUUCUCCAUCGGUAGGAGAAAAUAACAGAGGCCAACCAGAGAAUAUUGAGAAGCAAAGCAGCUAGUAAGCCUGAUUUUUAUUAAAGCUGUUGCAACAGGGUGCUCUCCUCACACGCAGGAAAGGAGGAGGACCCAGAACAAAGGUGUGCCUGCCCUUAUAUAGACAUUUUAAAUUCCCUGCCCUGGAGCUCAAGACCACCCCUCCAUACAUACACCACAGAAGGGGUGUAACCCAAGACCACCCCCCACAAACAUUAUACCUACGUCAUAGAAAAGGCGGUCUACAACAGAAAUUUGAAUGUUGUUGUUUUUCUUGUCUGCCAGGUUAACUAAUAAUGCCUUUCCUGGUAGUCUGGCCAUUCCUUUGAGAUGGUGAUUACCCAAUUCCUGAGGCAAUGAGAAGGUUCCCUCACCCCCUCCCUCCUUGCAGAGAAAACAUUUGGUCAGUCUGGGAGUCAAAACGGUUUCAGGACAGUCUUCCUGUGCUGCUCCAGACAUGUGGUCCACAUAUCUAUGUACGUGCUUGGUUGGUACAUUUAUGAACACUUAUUACAGUGGUACCUCUGGAUGCGAACGGGAUCCGUUCUGGAGCCCCAUUCGCAUCCUGAGUAAAACGUAAGACGUGACUGUGCGUCUGCGCGUUUUGCCGCUUCCGCGCAUGCGCGUGACGUCAUUUUGAGCGUCUGCGCAUGUGCGAGCAGUGUAACGCGGAAGUAAUGCUCUCCGUUACUUCCGGGUUGCCGCGGAGCAUAACUUGAAAACACUCAACCUGAAGCACAUCUAACCCAAGGUAUGACUGUAUAUAUUAUAAGACCUUAAAAUUUUUAUUACAAAGGCUAUCAGCGUAACUCCCCGCCCCAGCAAACUUUGUUCAGACAAUGCUCCCUUUCUUGCAGCUUGCUUCUAUUGUAGUAAUAGCAUUUUCCCACCAGUUCCAACAAGGUAGAAGUGUGUUCUUAUAACAGAUUAUGCUAUUUUGAGACAUUGCCUGCCAACAACAUUCAUUCUAAUCUGUGCUAAAGAUUAUUGCUAUUUUUCUCCCCCCCCCCCCGGCUCUUUAAGUUACGGAACACUUUCUAUGCUGAGUUCAUCUAAACAUUGGGUAGAAAAAACACACACACUUUUAUCAGGAAACUGAAGCAAUGGAAUUCCUUCACUGUCAUAAAGAUAACACUGUGCUCUCUUUAAUGCAGCGCUUCAUUUCAGUUGUGCUUGCCCUGCUAGGCAUCGCGUUCUCUGGAUACAGCCUGAUCAUAUCUACUUUGGGUUUAGUGCAGGGCCCAUACUGCAGAACCUCCGCUGGCUGGGAGUAUGCCUUCAAAGACACUGCAGGCCGGUAAGAAAGAAAGAAAGAUUGCUGUCUCUAGGGGCAGCUUUGAACCAGCCCCCAAAACACCAGACCAAAACACAGAGAGAGCCAGUGUGGUGUAGUGGUUAAGAGCGGUAGACUCAUAAUCUGGUGAACCGGGUUCGAUUCCCCACUCCUCCACAUGCAGCUGCUGGGUGACCUUGGGCCAGUCACACUUCUCUGAAGUCUCUCAGCCUCACUCACCUCACAGAGUGUUUGUUGUGGGGGAGGAAGGGAAAGGAGAAUGUUAGCCGCUUUGAGACUCCUUCGGGUAGUGAUAAAGCAGGAUAUCAAAUCCAAACACCCAUCUUUUGAAAUAUAGAGUCAAAUGUGCAUAUAUAUUAGUAAAAGUAACAAAGGAAUAUGCCUUCUACUAGGGCAAAUUGCUUGCAAAAACGUGUAUCUUAGUAGAAAUUCGCAGUAAAAUGCUGAUGCCUUUGCACGAGGUGUAGGGGCCUGCAGUUAGGAUCCAGGUUAGUUUUCAGUAUGUCCCAUGGAGUUUGAUGGAAUGAGGUGAAAACAAUCUGAAAAGGCAAAACCUACUUCUCCUUCAGUGCAUGUGGGGGUUUAGCCCAUGCACUAAUGGUGCCCUUAGUGCAUGCCUGCAUGUCUUCCCAUAGAAAUGAAUGGCUGCUAUCUGGUCACAUGGGGAGAAACUGUGCUUUGAGGCAACAUUACAAUGGGGACACUUCUGUCCCUGGUAGCCCAUCCACAGAGCCAGCGCAAGACGUCUGGCUGCCUGAGGCAAAGGAGAAGAUGGUACCUCCCUUCCCAUGGACAAAAGCUGGUAGUUGAAUCCUACUUCAUCACCAGCAAUGGGAUAAUGACUUCCAGUGCACCUGAGAUCAGCAGGCUAGUUUGAGGAGUGUAGGCCAAGCCUGUACCACACAUAGCUCUGAUCUCCAACAGAGCAGAUUGACUCCCCAGCAACUGCCACCUUAGGCAAUUGCCCACAUUCUGCCUAAUGCAAGGGCUGGCCCUGACCACCCACUAUUGAUGCAGAAACUCUAAUGGGGAGUAACAUCCCUCACAUCUCUAGAAAGCAGCUCCAGAAAUGCAGGGGACAAAGGCAACAUGUUUCACAGGAGCCAUAUUUGGGAGAGGAACUGAGGCGGAAGGAAGCAGUAUUGUCACCAUGGCUAGUUCACAGGGCUAGAAGCAUGGUUAGAUUUAGAAAAGGAAGUCUGGCUCAGUUUCCUUCUUUGAAAUAGCCUCAAAGAUGGAUGAGAAGAUGAGGAGUCAUGUGGCUAUAGCUCUGAAUGGGGACUGAAACUUCCCCUGCCUGCCAAACUCGACAGGCCUUGAGGUAAAUCUACAAUAAUAGCUUCUAACUUCUUUAUGCUGCUGUUUCUCUGAUAGCUACCUCACGGAUCAUGCCUCCUGGUCCGAAUGCUCCGAACCUGCCUAUGUAGUGGAGUGGAACAUCAUUUUGUUUUCUAUUCUGAUAGCUCUUAGCGGCCUCCAAAUGUUGAUCUGCUUUCUGAAAGUGAUUGCGGAGCUAAAGAGGAUACUUUGUGGGACCUAUUCUGUCUUUGUUCAGGUAAGAGAAGCUGCUUUAAAAAACAGCAAAGAAACAAACCCGUUCUUAUAGUCAUAGCUCUAUGGCUAAAUGCUCUUCUGUGAAGGAUUUGAGUUCCACCCAGUGCUUCCUUUUGUAUAAAAGUAGGUGCCGGUACUCACUAUGAAGUUGUUACAUUAAGUGCCACACUUUUUGACAAAAAAAAAGAGGUGCCAGAAACUAGGUACCCCCUAGUCUUGAGUACCCCCUGGGGAAAAAAGCACUGCUCCCACUAUGCAUUUCUGCCCUGGAAUAUUUGGGUAUAAAGGUAAAGGUAAAGGGACCCCUGACUGUUAGGUCCAGUCGUGGACGACUCUGGGGUUGCGGCGCUCAUUUCGCUUUACUGGCCGAGGGAGCCGGCGUACAGCUUCCGGGUCAUGUGGCCAGCAUGACUAAGCCGCUUCUGGUGAACCAGAGCAGCGCACGGAAACGCCGUUUACCUUCCCGCCGGAGCGGUACCUAUUUAUCUACUUGCACUUUGAGGUGCUUUCGAACUGCUAGGUGGGCAGGAGCAGGGACCGAGCAACGGGAGCUCACCCCAUUGCGGGGAUUCGAACUGCUGACCUUCUGAUUGGCUUUGUGGUAUAGGCUCUGUGGUAUAGGCAGGGCUAUGAAUAUGGUCGCGGGUGGCGCUGUGGGUAAAACCUCAGUGCCUAGGACUUGCCAAUCAUAUGGUCGGCGGUUCGAAUCCCCGCGGCGGGGUGAGCUCCCAUCAUUCGGUCCCAGCUCCUGCCCACCUAGCAGUUCGAAAGUACCCCUAAGUGCAAGUAGAUAAAUAGGUAUCGCUUUAUAGUGGGAAGGUAAACGGCGUUUCCGUGUGCUGCGCUGGUGCUGGCUCGCCAGAGCAGCUUCAUCACGCUGGCCACGUGACCCGGAAGUGUCUUCGGACAGCGCUGGCUCCUGGCCUCUUAAGUGAGAUGAGCGCACAACCCUAGAGUCGGACAUGACUGGCCCGUACGGGCAGGGGUAGCUUUACCUUUACCUUUUAUGAAUAUGGUAAGUAUGGUAAAUGAAUAAAUAGCGCUUGUCUGCGAAGCUGCAUAGGAUAUAAGUGAAAACUUCCAAGUUCUGGUUUAACUUGUAAGUUAAAAUUUGACCUCUUUCUGUUCUUUCCCACAGCCUGCACUGAUCUAACAUUCAUGAGAAAAGAAGCACAGACGCUAGCAUGUCAUCAUGUCUUUGAUCACACCUUUUGACUUACUUGAUAAUGUCUUGGAGUGCUCCUUCUGUUUUGCUGCAUUCCUUUUUUAUACACACACGGACAUUUCCAUGCCUUAAUCAUUAUUUUUAUUCCCUUUCAAAAUAUUGAUACAUGAAAUUAUCAAUUAACAACACAAAGAAAAGAACCCCAAACAAGAAAAAAAAACCAUCCAGACAGCAACAAUACCGUAUACUCAAAGUACAUUUUCCCCCCUUUUCUGCCGUGAUAAACUCAUUACUUUAAAAAAAAGUGACACAAACCUGUAGUGAAUGCAUUCAGAAAUCUAUGGAUAUAAUGUCACAUUCUACAACCAGAUUCAUUUAGACACUUGCCCUUGAAGAAGCCUGUAUGAAACAAACUAAAUAUUUAUAUGUUACAUGGGGUUCAACUCCCUAUUUCCCCAGCAUGUGAUUUAUGAUGCGGCACACCCUUCUUUGCAGGUGUGCAAUGUUUGGCAUAUCCACAUGUUCUUGCUCCCUGUUUUCAUCCCUUCCUCCUCCUUUUCUAAUCUGUUUACCUUUCAAGCGCCCCUUUGUAUUUGCAUAUACAAGUGGACUUUCGGUCAGGCAACAGGAAGCGCAAGUGUGCUGUGCUCUUGGAGUGAAAUAUCAACUUAACUUGAGGGACACUUGCUGAAAUAACUGAAGAGGAAGUGCAACAGAAUAUUUACAUGGCGACUCCAUCAGAUCGGCCUUAUAUGUGAAUUAUAUAUGGAUCCAAGUCAGCAGAGAGAGAGACAGAUUGAGAGAGAGAGCUGCAAAAGGGUGCCAAAGAUACCCUGUACAGAGGUACCUCGGGUUAAGAACUUAAUUCGUUCUGGAGGUCCGUUCUUAACCUGAAACUGUUCUUAACCUGAACCACCACUUUAGCUAAUGGGGCCUUCUGCUGCCGUGCCGCAGGAACAUGAUUUCUGUUUUCAUCCUGAAGCAAAGUUCUUAACCCGAGGUACUAUUUCUGGGUUAGCGGAGUCUGUAACCUGAAGCGUAUGUAACCUGAGGUACCACUGUAUAGGAAACUUUCUGAGAAAUUAUGUCCUGUUGAGGUUAUGUUCACUUUGGGGCUGCAUCAAACUGACUGCAUCUCGCUCAGCCACCCCAUUGGUGGUGAGUGGCAUAGGGUUCGAUUUUCCUGGGUAGUCAAACUGGUUUGCUAUUUUGCUGGAGAAUUGGUGGAUAGCUCAGUCAGUAGAGCACAAGACACUUAUUCUCAGUGUCAUGGGUUUGAGCCCCCCGUUGGGCAAAAUAUUCCUGCAUUGCAAGGGGUUGGACGAGAUGGGCCUUGUGGUUCCGUAUAAUUCUAAGGAGUGGCUCUUUUUAAAGAAAAAAUUGCUGCAGGUGCCAAGGCAAAAAGCAGAGGAGAGGGAGGCUGCUGCAGUGGGAUGGGGGGGGGGAGAAUAAGCCUCCCACCCCCUCACAAAUGCUGCCUAGUAAGAAGAAGAAGAAGAAGAAGAAGAAGAAGAAGAAGAAGAGGAGGAGGAGGAGUUUGGAUUUGAUAUCCCGCCUUUCACUCCCCUUAAGGAGUCUCAAAGUUUCUGCCCCUACCCUUCAGUCUCUCUUAUGUAGUUCAUACUUCAAUAUACCUUCCAUUCUGCCACUGUUGGAGGCCCUUCCAGAAGAGACUCUUCCUGGCCUGAGCAUCCACAUUCUUUGCGAUACUCGGUUAGGGCAGUAUGAGAGAUCCAUUGACAAACUUCUGGAAAGAUGCCCUCAAGCCGUCAUACCCUACGCCCAACAUGAAUUGAAGCAUGAAUGUCGGGUGAGCUUUAUUUAUUACCUUCAUUCAGUCUUAGCUCUGGUUUUUUCCCCUCUCCUUUAAACCCAUGAACAAAAAAAGCACUGCUAGAAAAUCGUACAAGUAUUUGUACUGCUAACCUUUCCUUAAGCUGAUCAGCUUUCCAUGCAUUUGUUAAACGUGAUUAACAUAGCACAAUUAUUCAAUACUUUGCUCAGGCAUUCUUUUAAAAAACGCUCACAGUUGAAAUGUACUUCAGUGGAGGAGUUUGGAUUUGAUAUCCCGCUUUAUCACUACCUGAAGGAGUCUCAAAGCGGCUAACAUUCUCCUUUCCCUUCCUCCCCCACAACAAACACUCUGUGAGGUGAGUGGGGCUGAGAGACUUCAGAAAAGUGUGACUAGCCCAAGGUCACCCAGCAGCUGCAUGUGGAGGAGCGGAGACGCGAACCCGGUUCCCCAGAUUACGAGUCCACUGCUCUUAACCACUACACCACACUGGCAUUUGCUCACAUUCCACAUAUCAUUUCACUGCAGGCUCAGUGCUCUUUUCUCAAGUUACACUCACACAGCGCUCUAAAUUGACCUAGAUAUUUUCUCUGCUGACCGAUCUCUUGUCAUUCCCCCAACUUGUUGCCCUAUGGAGGCGACGCCUAUCAUUAGUUUUAAGUGGCAGAGUGAAGUGGAGCGCCUGCUUAAUUGACCAGUGCCUUUAUCGUUAGGAUUCCUAGCUCUGAAACUUUACAUUAGCAAUUAUUUGGGGAGGCGGGGAGAAGCAAGGUCACAUUUCCAAUUUGUGUCCAAGAAACAAAAAUAAAAGAAAGAAAAAGACUUUCAGAAUUUCACAGCCUCUGUUUAGUGAAUGGCUUCUUUGUCUCAGGCUUCAGGGGCAGGGGAUUGGGGGGGGGACAGGAAGGCGGAAAACAUCAGUUUUUGUUUAGGCAUUAGCUUGGGUAAGCAUGGAAGAGACAUCUCAACAGCCACAGCGAAAAAAUUAUUUGACUAUAACGACAGACUUCGAAGAGUUGUUUACAGACGAUAACUGAGUGCACAGCCAUAUUUUGAAACUGAGCCACUUUAUUUCAAGAUUCUGGUUAUCAAAUAAAGCAAUGCAGAGU